AUGUUCACAUCGCUCGGCCUAUUUGGGGCAAUUUCAUGCCCGCUAGGCAAGGAUUGUACUCUUUUGAAAUGCCUAUUCUCUCACGAUAAUGAGCUGACUCGAGCUGAGGCUCGGCAUUCAAAGACUUCAGCGUCAGGUGACGAUGGUCCUCCUUCCAAACGGGCUAAAGUGGAAAACACACAAUUUCCCGAGUCUCCCAUUCCAUCCUACAGCUUAAAAGAAACGGCUGUCGAAAUGGGGCGACGCAAAUCAAAAUCAGUCGCACCCAAGCAAAAUCAAAAUACACAAGACACCCCACGAGCUCAAGAAGUCGCCCGGCCUACCUCAAGCCAUGGCCCACCAAAUCCUUCAGGGAGUGAGACUGCGAAGCGCACCAACACUGCAUCCGCUGGAUCACCAUCACAGCUCCCUCCUCGCAAAGCUCCAAAAGAAACUUUGAAUCCUCGCAUGCUUGCCCAUGCACCGGCAACUCAUAGUACUCGGACUGUCAUUCUCCAGAAGCUACACGCCGCCAUGACUGCUCUCAAUGAAAAGCUACGAAAGGACAAAAAUAGCUCAAACAGAUGCUUCGUCCUAAGCCCCGACGAACUCAUCACAAUGGCCCUGGACGAGGAAGAGAAGUUUGCGAGGGACAGUCCAAGCGUUUACGGCAAUGUUAUCAAACUUCGAGUCGUGAGAGUUACGAAGAUGGGGGUUGACGAAUGGUCCAAGGAGGUGAUGUCUCAUCUGAAUGCGCGAUAUUAUAAGAUAAACCCCGUUCAGCGACCGCAAGCGAUACCCAGGCCUAUCAACACAGGUCUCACUCCCCCAGAAGAAAUCGCAGUUGUAUCCCAGCUAGUCACACCCCUCACUGGCCUCGAAGAACAUGGAUAUGUCACAAAACAGCCAACGAACGCAGAAAUAGAAACCGCCCAGAGAGGCGUUGAUGAGUCCAAGGGCUGGGAGAAGUGUGACAGAUGUGCUCAGCGAUUCCAGGUAUUUCCAGGUCGUCGUGAGGAUGGUACCCUAGCCAGCGGUGGCUGCUGUACCUAUCAUCCAGGGCGGCCCGUUUACCCUCAGCGCAAGAAAACAGACCAUGUCACCGGUCCCUCCCAGCCAUAUUUUCCUUGCUGCAGUGAAGCAUUGGGGACGUCUACCGGCUGCACUAGAGCCGAGACACAUGUCUUCAAGGUCUCGGAGACUAAGCGACUUGCAUCCCUUCUUCAAUUCCAGACAACCCCAUCUCAGCCAGGAAAAGGGCCCCUGGAGCCGGUCGCUAUUGAUUGCGAGAUGGGUUACACGACCUUGGGUCUCGAACUGAUUCGUCUCACUGCAGUCAGCUGGCCUAAAGGCUGUGAUCUCCUUGACGUGCUGGUGAGGCCUAUGGGCGAGGUAUUAGAUCUCAACACACGAUUUUCCGGUGUCACACCACAACAUUACGCUUCUGCCAUCCCAUAUGGGACUCCAAUUCCUAACAUGCAUUCACCGUCGGCGGACGAGAAAACUAAAACUAACCCACCGUUGCAACUUGUUCAGUCACCCGCAGAGGCGCGCGACCUCCUUCUCAAGCUGCUCCAGCCUGAGACACCUCUCAUCGGCCAUGCAAUCGAAAACGACCUGAACGCCUGCCGUAUCAUCCAUCCUACGGUCAUUGAUACUGUGCUCCUCUACCCCCACCCCAAGGGUCUCCCGAUUCGCAUAAGUCUCAAGGCCCUUGUUCAAAGGCACCUUGGCCGCGACAUACAGGUUGGGGACAAUGGACACGACUCAAAGGAGGAUUCAAUUGCUACUGGUGAUCUUGUGAGAGUGAAAGUGGGCGAGAAAUGGAAAGAGCUGAAGAAGAAAGGAGUGAAAAUCGAGGGGGGCAAGUUGGUCCGUCCAGAGGGCCAAGUAUCAACAUUCACGUGUUCAUGGACCACGGUCCAGAAGAGAAAGUCCAGCAGAUGA